AUGGUUCAACAAGUCAAGGUCGUAGGCUCUUCGCUGGGCGCUCGACAGCUGUCCACCGAAGCGACGACGAUUAAGGAACUGCCGGGCGACGAAACCAACGAUGUCGUUUUCGAGAGCAAGUAUGGUCUGCGGACUGUGAUGCUCAACCGACCCAAGAAACUCAACUCCCUGAACGGAUCGAUGAUUCGCAAAAUUGUGCCCCGGUUGAUUGAGUGGGAGAAGUCGGAUAUGGCCAACGUCAUCGUCAUGAAGGGUGCUGGUGAGAAGUCACUGUGUGCCGGCGGCGACGUCGCGGCCCUGGCCCAAUACAACCAGGAAGGCGAGAACGGAUGGAAGAAGUCGGCCGACUACUUUGCCCUCGAAUACAAGCUCGACCACUACAUUUCGACUUACCAGAAGCCCUAUAUUGCAUUCAUGGACGGCAUCACUAUGGGCGGCGGUGUUGGUCUCAGUGCCCAUGCGCCAUUCCGAAUUGCGACCGAGAAGACCGUCUUUGCCAUGCCUGAGACGACAAUUGGUUUCUUCCCCGACGUCGGAGCCUCCUUCUUCCUGCCACGGAUGAACGGAUCCGUCGGCACCUACCUUGCCCUGACCAGCGAACGAGUGUCUGGCGCGAACGUCUUUUACUCUGGUCUCGCCACCCACUACCUGCACUCGACCAGCCUGCCCGACCUGGAGGCCCGCCUGGCUGAGCUGCGGUUCCUCGACAGCGACAACCUCGCCGCACGACUUGCCCUGGUCAACGAGACCCUCGAGGAGUUCUGCACUGGUCUCCCGUAUGAUCAGCCCAUCCAACUGGGCGGGGAGGUGCGCAAGGCGAUUGACCGAUGCUUCAACAAGAACAACAUCAACGACAUUAUUGCUGCCUUGGAGGCGGAGCGGGGUCCGACUGAGGAGUGGGCGCAGAAGCAGCUGGCUACGUUACAGAAGAGGUCACCCACGGCUGUGCACGUGGCGCUGAGGCAGAUGCGUGUGGCCGGCAAGUGGGACAUUGCAGAGACUUUCCAGAAGGAGCACCAGAUCGCGAGCAAGUUCAUGCAGCACCCUGACUUCACCGAGGGCGUCACGGCGCUGCUGGUGCGCAAGGAGAAGCCCGUGUGGCAGCCCGAGUCGCUUGCCGCUGUCGGCAGCCAAAACGUGGCCAAGCCCUUCUUCGAGUUUGAUAAGGAGAAUAACCUGGAGCUCUUCACCGACCGAACGUACAAGCAGUACCCUUUCGCGAGCCUAGGUGUGCCCACGGAGGGUGAGAUUCAGAAGCUGCUGAAGGACAACAACUACACCCCAGAGGAGCUCUCCUACGCUGUUAUCAAGUCGCGAAACGGUCGCCAGGGCAUCUCAGAUGUGGUCAAGGAGAUUCUCAGCCGCAAGACGGAAGUGGACUCCAAGGGCUUUGUCCAAUGGGUGGAUGACGAGUCUGUCCCGACGAGCCGACUGUAG